AAGCGCGCGCCGGAGAAAAAUGCUCCGCACAGUCGCGCGUCAAAGCCCGCGUUUGUUGCCUUGCCGCCUCCUGUGGCCGCGUCGCCAUCGGCCACGGCGGCCGGCCUAAGCUACCACGCGACCCCGACCGCCCAAAACGCGAGGACGAAAAGGAAGCCGAGCACAAAUCCCGCGAUUUUUCCCGACCCGCUCUGCUCGGCCCCGGCCCCGGUCACCAUCUUGUAUGCGCGACACUGGGGCACACGUGCUUAUCAGCCAUCAAUACGCAAGGCCAGCCGGAGCCCGGAGCGACCGCUUCCGGAACCACGCACCAAUCCGCAGCGAUCCUUGAGAUCUCGAUUCCGGCAGUUGGCAGCCGCUCGUCGGUUGGACUCCUCGCCCCCCAAACCCCAAUCCGUCGCUUCGGUUUGAAUCCGCGCGCGCUUUUGCCGACGGAUUCCUUGGUUGUGGGUGGAGGAGGCAGGCGGCGCAAUGGUGGAGGUGGGGAGACGGGUGCGGGGGUUCCUGCGGAACCGGUGGCUGGUGUUCGUGGCGGCGAUGUGGAUGCAGUCGUGCGCGGGCGUCGGGUACCUCUUCGGCAGCCUCUCGCCGGUGAUCAAGGCCUCGCUCGGGUACAACCAGCGCCAGGUGGCGGGGCUCGGCGUCGCCAAGGACCUCGGCGACAGCGUGGGGUUCCUCGCGGGCACGCUCUGCGCCGUGCUCCCGCUCUGGGCCGCGCUCCUCGUCGGCGCCGCGCAGAACCUCGUCGGCUACGGCUGGGUCUGGCUCGCCGUCACGCGCCGCGUCCCCGUGCCCCCACUCUGGGCGAUGUGCAUUCUAAUCUUUAUUGGUAAUAAUGGUGAGACAUACUUCAAUACUGCUGCACUCGUCUCAUGUGUUCAGAACUUCCCCAAGAGCCGUGGACCAAUUGUUGGUAUCCUCAAGGGAUUUGCUGGUUUAAGUGGCGCAAUCCUAACGCAGAUUUAUGCCAUGAUACACUCGCCUGAUCAUGCUGCACUCAUCUUCAUGGUUGCAGUUGGCCCAACGAUGGUAGUUAUAGCUUUAAUGUUCAUUGUCAGACCAGUUGGAGGCCACAGACAAGUACGGCCUUCGGAUGGCACAAGUUUUACGUUUGUAUACAGCGUCUGCUUGCUGUUGGCAGCUUAUUUGAUGGGCAUCAUGUUACUUGAAGACCUUGUCAACUUGAGUCACUCAGUUAUUGUCUUGCUUACCAUCAUAUUAAUCUUCCUCUUGCUAGUUCCAAUAGUUAUCCCAGUGCUACUCAGCUUCUUUUCGGACAACGAUGAGAGUAUUUAUGAACUACUGUUGCCAUCACCUCGGAAAGAAGAGGCAAGUGCAUCCACAAUGUCUGAGGAGCAACAUGAGGUUAUACUCAGUGAGGUGGAGGAUGAAAAGCCGAAGGAAAUUGAUCUACUUCCAGCUUCAGAGAGGCAAAAGAGGAUUGCAGAAUUGCAGGCAAAGCUAUUCCAGGCAGCUGCUGUUGGCGCUGUCAGGGUUAAAAGGAGGAAAGGUCCUCGACGAGGAGAGGAUUUCACACUAAUGCAGGCACUGAUCAAGGCUGAUUUUUGGCUUCUAUUUUUCUCCCUUUUGUUGGGCUCAGGGUCAGGUCUCACUGUCAUUGAUAAUCUUGGGCAAAUGAGCCAGUCAUUGGGUUAUGAGGAAACCCACAUUUUUGUGUCGAUGAUUAGCAUUUGGAACUUCCUUGGACGUGUUGGUGGAGGGUAUUUCUCAGAGAUUAUUGUCAAAGAUUAUGCAUAUCCAAGGGCAAUUGCAUUAGCUACAGCUCAAGUUCUGAUGGCGAUCGGGCACUUCACCUUUGCAAUGGCUUGGCCUGGAACAAUGUACAUCGGCACACUGCUUGUCGGACUUGGCUAUGGUGCCCACUGGGCAAUUGUGCCAGCCGCUGCCUCUGAACUAUUUGGUAUGAAAAAUUUUGGAGCACUGUACAAUUUCCUCACAGUCGCAAAUCCAGCAGGCUCCCUCGUAUUCUCAGGCAUCAUUGCCAGCGGCAUCUAUGAUGCUGAAGCUGCGAAGCAGGCUCAGCAACACCACAACUCGACGUUGCUGGCAACGCCUGACAGAUUGCUUAGCAUGGUCUCCGACGUCGCUCCAGCAUUGAAGUGCGAGGGCGCCAUUUGUUUCUUCCUCUCGUCCCUGAUCAUGUCUGGGUUCUGCAUCAUUGCCGUUGUCCUGAGCUUGAUCUUGGUCUACCGGACAAAGAUUGUGUACACGAAUCUAUACGGGAAACCGCGUACAUGAAAGGUCAAUCCUCAAGGGCCAGAGGGCAUCAUAUAUAGCUCCAGAGUUAUCGAAAUAUAGUUCAGUUCAGAGUUUACUAUGUGGUGCCACGCCAUACCAUGUACAGGUUUGCUGUCGAUCUUGAAUCUUCCCUUGUUCUGCAGAGGUUCUCUGGAGAGCAGAACAGGAGUUUUGCGUUUUCCUUCUGUUUAAAAUAUUUUGUUACAUUACAAAGUACUCGUGAUACGCGCAUUUGUAGUCGCAGAGGAAGCUCUCAAGCAAUAUUCUAGUCAGUGGCUGCAGCCUGCAGAUGGGAAGUUAAACAUCGUUAAGUAUAUAAAAGUUUAUGGUGGAACUAUGCCUUUUGCUCGAAUUUUGCCGUAUUCAGUUGGAAAAAUUUGUAUAUCUAUGUAAUAAGCUGGAAUUUUGCUGUAUUCAGUUGGAAAAAUUUGUAUAUCUAUGUAAUAAGCUGGAGUUUUUUUUU